AUGGAAGUAACGCCCUCCGCUGAAGUACAAAACGAAGGUGCAGCUGCUGCAUCGCAGGACGCGACCUGUCUAGCACGCGCGAGCACUGACGGCGACCAGCAAUCUGAUUCGCAGCUGCUGGCCAAGAUCUCAGAAGGCGAGGCGGCUGAGCUUGUCGAGCUUACGUUUACUGAGAAAGAAAAGUCUGCUGCGGCGACAGACUCUGUGGUGGUCGAUGGCGGUGAUGCUGAAGAAGCCGAGGAGAGUGGUACGGUUGAAGAGGUCGCGGCUGUUGCGGACGCGACUGUCGCAGAUGCUGCUGCUGAGGAUGCAAUUGAGACAGACGCGGUUGUUGAGGAGACUGUUAAAGAGUCUGUUGAAGAGAUUGUCGAAGAGAUAGAGACCGCAGAAGAAAAAGUAGAUGAAGCGGUUGUUGUUGAUAAAUCUACGACCGGCGACGCGUCUGAUGACGCGACGACGGAAGCGACUGCAGCUGCAGUUGCUGAGGAGAGUCUAAAGGCAAAAACUCCCGAUGCUGAGAUUGUUCCUGAAAGCUCCGAGGUCUUUACUGAAGAGAAGGUUGCAGGGGAGAUCGGUGCAGAGGAGAGCGUUGCAGAGGAGAGCAAGGCCGAGGCUGAAGUUGUGGAAGAGUCUACCAAAGAGCCUAUCAAGCAAGAGUCAGAUGAAGCUCAGGCUGCUGAUGUGUCUGGUGCACCAGCCGAAGCUCAAGAGAUCGCAGACACUAUUCCUACAGACGCAGACUAUCAGUCUGCGAAUGCCUCGUUUGCGAGCCAACAACCUCCGAUGAACUCAGACGAGUCCGAAGAAGAGUGCGAUGUGACUCCUCGGUCGAGACCUCCGAGUGUGGUGAAGCAGGAUAUCUCAUUGGAGGACAUGGUGUUUGACGGCGAGACGACAAUCCAGAGCGAUAUCGAUGCUGAUGUGGCAGCAUCCAGCAAGGCAGCGAAGAGCUCUUUGGUGUUUGAUCCGUUCAAUUCUCUGCCGGUGAUGGGAGCAAAGGCGGCGCGAAAGGCUGAGGAGGACGGCGCGGAGAUUUCAGAGACGAAGAAGGUGAAAUUGACAGAGAAGGAGGAUGAGGUGAUUACGACCGAGACUCCUGUGGGCCUCAAUGCGAUUAUCGAGGCAAAGGAGGACGCGAUACGACAGCGGAUAAUCAGGAAGACGGAGCUGCGGAAGCAGCUGGAGACGCAGUGCGCGGAGGAGAGCGCAAAGCUAAAGAAUCCGGAUGCGGCACAGACGAUUAAACGACACAUCGAGUUGCUGAAAGGAUACAACACGAUUCGAGAUAUCGGAGUUGGACUGUUGGGAAUGGCAAGAGCGCUGUUGAAUGUUAUUGCGGACACGAGGGGAGUUCGAGUGGCGGAGGUGAUGCAGGAGUUUGGCCUUGAUGUGAAGGAUUAG